AUGACGGUGACUAUCUCCUCAGCAGGAGCUUGGGUCGUGGUAAGCAUCUGUGUGGCUCUGUACAUGGCGUACCGACGGAUCCUGCCGAAGCCGAUCCCUGAUAUCCCGUACAAUAAAGAUGCGGCAGCAAAGAUGUUUGGGGAUGUGCCGGAGAUGAUGGGCUAUGUGAUGCGUACACAGCGCAUAUUUCAGUGCUGGUUGACGUCUCUUACCACUCGCCUCCAAAGCCCUAUUGUGCAGGCCUUCAUCAAGCCCGGAGGACUACCAUGGGUCGUGGUGACAGACCCUUUCGAAAGCCAAGAUAUCCUGCUUCGGAGAAUCAAGGAAUUCGACCGCAGCGAGUUCUUUGGCGAGCUUAUCAAUGGCAUUCUGCCAGAGCAACAUAUUCAGUUCACCUCUACCGACCCUCGAUUCAAGAAUAACCGAAACUUGAUCAACCACUUGAUGGCCCCGACUUUCAUCCGGGAAGUCAGCGCGCCUGAGGUGUAUAUGGCCGCAAGUGCCCUCAUGAAGUUGUGGAAGAUAAAAUGCACCAUGGCCAAGGGCCGUCCCUUUUCCGCCCACCAGGAUAUCACCUUUGCUGCGUUGGACUCCAUCUUUGCCUCUUCCUUUGGUCUGGUCGAGGACGAGACCAACACCAUCCAGCGCAUCAGGGCGUUGGACAGCUUUGAGCCCAUUUUCUCUCAUGAUGUCGACGAGCCCGUCGCCUUCCCCGAAGGUCACACUCCAGACAUCUUCUCGGCUGUGCUCAUCCUGGCCAACUCGGUUACAGACACACAGCUCUCUCCUGCCCCGGUGCUGACUUCAUGGGUCAUCCGCAAGUUCCCCUACAUGAGAAAGGCCAAGAGUAUCAAGGACAAGUACAUCCAGAAGAAGAUAGAAGAGUCCGUCCGAUUAAUCAAGAAUGACCCCAGCAUCAAAGCCAAGAGCGCGCUUCACUCCGUCCUCCUUCGCGAGCGCGACGUGGCGACCAAAGAAGGCCGCCAGCCCGACUACCACAAGGGCGCCAUUGCCGACGAGUUCUUUGGCUUUAUGACAGCUGGCCACGACACAUCUGCCACUACCAUCGCCUGGGGCGUCAAGAUGCUGACCGACAACCCAGCCGCGCAGAACCGUCUUCGUGACGCGCUCCGCUCCGCCUUCCCAACCGCCGUCCAGGAGAAGCGCGAGCUGACCUACGCGAAGCUCAGCAACGCACAGGUCCCCUACCUGGAUGCCACAGUAGAGGAGAUUCUUCGCUACUCAAACACCAUCGCCUUCGUUGUCCGCCAGGCUCAGCAGAACACCACCGUCCUUGGCCGCCAUAUCCCCAAGGGCACCAACGUUUUCCUCAUGGCCAAUGGCCCAGGCUACCUCGAGCCCAACAUGAAGCUUGCAGACGAGGCACGCAGCCCGGGGGCCCGCCAGACGGCCAAGUCAGCGCUGACACGUGCCUGGUCAGACGAUGAUAUUGACAAGUUUCUGCCUGAGCGCUGGCUCGAGACGGAUCCGGACACCGGGGCCGAGGUGUUCAACACGAUGGCUGGGCCAUCGCUGGCGUUCGGGUUGGGGCUUAGGGGAUGUUUUGGAAGAAAGCUGGCGCUGCAAGUGCUCAAGAUUCACUUUGCGCUCAUCGUGUGGAAUUUCGAGCUGUUACCGGUCCCGGAGAAGCUGGGCGGGUAUGAGGCGGUGCAGAAGUUUGCGAGGGAGCCGACACAGUGCUACAUCCGGUUGAGGGAGAUUGGUCUGUAG